AUGGGUAUUGAUGUGAAUGGGCAUUAUAGUCUUCAAGAAAAGGGAGUAUGCUACAUUUGUGGUAAACGUAGUCACUUUCUUAGAGAAUGUUCAGAGAAGAAGAAAGAAGGUGACCAACUUAAGAACGGAAAAGCUAGAGUAUUUGCUUUGAGGGGGGAAAAGGAGGAUCAAAACACAAACGUAAUAAUAGGUAUGUUACCAGUAUUUGACAUACCUAUUGUUGUUCUUAUGGAUUCUAGUUCGACUCAUUCAUUUAUUUUUACGAUUUUUAUGGAUAAGAUUGGGAAUGGAUGCGUAAAAAUGAGUAACAUUUUAGAAGUUAGUCUACCAUCAAGCGAAGUCAUUAAUACUAAUCGAAUGGUUAAAGGUAUUAAGUUAGAUAUUGAAGGAAAAGUACUAAAGACAGAUUUGUACAUCUUGGGAAUGAAAGACUUUGAUGUAAUUUUGGGUAUCAACUGGUUGGGUAGAAAUUAUGCAACUAUUUUAUGCCAUAAAAAUGAAGUUUUAUUUCAAAAACCUAGAAAAGAAAAAUUUCGAUUCUUUGGAACUAGAAUUGGGACUCUACCUCGAUUGGUAUCUACAAUGAAAGCAGAAAAGAUGUUGAGAAAGAAUACGUGUCAAGGAUUUUUAUUGAAUAUAAAUAGUAAACCCUAG